UGGUCCUGUGGCAGGGAUGACAACAGACUUGGAGCUGGGCAGCUGGGUGGUGGGCAGGGUGUUGAGGGAUUCGGCCAUCCCUGUGACAACCAGCAGAGUAGAGCCUGGAUCUGAUAAGCACUGCUUUUAGAUAACCUGCUCUGCAGAAAGGACUUUAGUCUUUGGAGCUGACAGAUGAGCAGUGUGUCACAAGGGCUCAGCAGGCAGGCAAGCCGUGAAAGAUAGAAGAGAGCCAGCCACCGCAGCCCCUCCACACCUGCCAUGGAGUCUUGUGGGGCCCGUUUUCGUGUGCAAAGGAGAGAAGGACUGGGAGGGGAGCAGAAGCAGGAGCAGGAGCAGCAACACUCUGGAGAAGGAAACACAGAGCCGCCCAGAGCCCCAGACUUGGUGCAAUGGACGCAACAUAUGGAGGCUGUCAAGAGGCAGUUGCUGGAGCAAGCGCAGGGACAGUUGGUGGAACUGCUGGAUCAGGCCAUGUGGGAGGCUGUACAGUCCUACCCAUCACAAGACAGACCUCCAUCCUCCAGUCCCUCUGCUUCAAUAAACAAGACCCGGAAGCCACCCCUUGGGAAACAGAAAGUUUUCAUCAUCCGAAAGUCUCUGCUUGAUGAGCUGAUGGAGGUGCAGCAUUUCCGCACCAUCUAUCACAUGUUCGCAGCCGGCCUCUGUGUCUUCAUCAUCAGCACCCUGGCCAUUGACUUCAUUGAUGAGGGCAGGCUGGUACUAGAGUUUGACCUACUGAUCUUCAGCUUCGGACAGCUGCCCUUAGCACUGGUGACGUGGGUCCCCAUGUUCCUGUCCACUCUGUUGGUGCCUUACCAGGCCCUGUGGCUGUGGGCAAGGCCCCAAACCGGGGCCUCCUGGACCCUGGGGGUGGCUCUGGGCUCUGUGCUGCUGGCUGCCCAUGCUUCAGUGCUCUGCAUCCUCCCUGUCCACGUGGUCGUAAAGCAUGAGCUGCCUCCAGCUUCCCGCUGCGUGCUGGUCUUUGAACAGGUCAGGCUCCUGAUGAAAAGCUACUCCUUCCUGAGAGAGACCUUGCCUGGGACCCUUCGUGUCAGAGGAGGUGAAGGGCGCUGGACCCCCAGUUUCUCCAGCUACCUCUACUUCCUCUUCUGUCCCACACUCAUCUACCGGGAGACUUAUCCCAGGACUUCCAGUAUCAGGUGGAAUUAUGUGGCCAAGAACUUUGCCCAGGCCCUGUGCUGUGUGCUUUAUGCCUGCUUCAUCCUGGGUCGCCUCUGUGUUCCCGUCUUUGCCAACAUGAGCCAGGAGCCCUUCAGCACCCGUGCACUGGUGCUCUCAAUUCUGCAUGCCACACUGCCAGGCAUCUUCAUGCUGCUGCUCAUCUUCUUCGCUUUCCUGCACUGCUGGCUCAAUGCCUUCGCUGAGAUGCUACGAUUUGGAGACAGGAUGUUCUACCGGGACUGGUGGAACUCAACAUCCUUCUCCAACUACUACCGAACAUGGAAUGUGGUGGUCCAUGACUGGCUGUACAGCUAUGUGUAUCAGGAUGGGUUGUGGCUCGUUGGUGGCAGGGCCCGAGGGGCAGCCAUGAUGGGUGUGUUCCUGAUCUCCGCGGUGGUGCACGAGUACAUCUUCUGCUUCGUCCUGGGGUUCUUCUACCCCGUCAUGCUGAUGCUCUUCCUUGUCUUUGGGGUGCUGCUGAACUUCACGAUGAAUGACCGCCACACAGGCCCUUCGUGGAAUGUGCUGAUGUGGACCAUGCUCUUCCUGGGCCAGGGCAUCCAGGUCAGCCUGUACUGCCAGGAGUGGUAUGCACGACGGCACUGUCCUCUGCCCCAGGUAAGAGAACACAGCCCUCACCACAUCCUCAUCAAGAGGACCGAGCAGCCAGCCUCUGUUUUCUCCAGUUGAAAACCAGGACAACCUUCUGGGAACUGGUGACACCUCGAUCUUGGUCCUGCCAUCCCUAGAGGUCAGGGUAGCUGCAUUGCCCAGAUGACAGCACCAAGCUUUUCUCUUCUCUGCCUGCCACGCCUGGGGCUGGAGCUCUACUCCGCACCUCCAGACCUGCUCUGAGUUGAGGGUCUGCAUGGAGGACCCAACCUGGAACCAUAGGGGCUCUGAUCUGGGUACCUAUAGGCCGCUAAGCACGGAUCAGCAUGAAGUGACUCUGGACCACCCAUCUCCAUGGAUUGGGCACAGGUUACCCUCCCACCUCAAGGCUGUGCAGAUCUGGGGAGUCUUGAGGGAACGAUAAAGAUCUGGUGAAUGGGCUGGGGAUUUAGCUCAAUGGUUCCACUGCCUGACACAAGGUCCCGAGUUCGAUCCCUGGUAUCAAAAAAAAAAUUUGGUGAACAUGGGGUGCUUGGAGGAAUGGGAGGCACCAAGGAUUGAGAAGGGUUUGGUUCUUAACUUUGUACUCCUCUUAACACAAUAAAGUCUUUGUCUCCCUUUUUACUUA